CUCACAAAGCCACAACUCGCACCAAUAUUCAACAACCCAAAUCAUUAUAUCGUGACGAGGUAUAUUUCGGCAUUUUGGCAUUUUCGGCGUGUGAAACAUGGAUAAAAACAGGGAGAUCGCCACGGCACUACUUUCAGAGGCUCCAGAGUUGGAUGGCAUUCCCGAGUCGCCGUCCCAAUAUACAAUCUGAACUGUUUCGCAGCGGCGGCUUCUAGUCUGCUUGCUAGGCUAUCUCGCGCUUGUAUCUUCUCUAACCGCAAAUAUUUAUUUUCCAACCCUCGAUCUUCUGAGCAACAGAUAAGGAACCCCACUCCAGGCCAUGAAUCUGACCAUCAUCACUCUGUUCGUAGUUUUCCAAGGCAUUGCUCCUUCAUUUUGGUCGCCGCUCUCUGACUCAUUCGACGGCGACCGGUGUCCGAUCAUUGGUGGUGGAACCGCGUUGGCCACCGGAGAUCCAAGAUGGUGUUUUCGAACUCUCCUGAUAUUUGGUGGACCAGAGGUGCUAUUCAUUGGAUGGGCCAUGCUAGAGACCGGACGGACUAUAGUUGGGAGUGGCGCAGUUCCCGCGGCUGGCAUGGUAUGGCGAACAUGGUGGAGUUUUGUUGCAAAGAUCAAGUUACGAGGACGAACCAGAUCAAAUUCACAGGGGAAUGGAAUAUCCAUACAUGAGAGCAUAACUGAUGCUAUAUCCCUGGACAACGUGGUGACAGUGCCGACUUUGACCACCAAUGCGAACCUUAUUGGAAGGGCGACCUUCAUGAUGCCCAACCCUAUUCCUUCCAUCCGUCUGUUAUUCUUCGACACAUUUCUUACUCUCUGGCUCGCUGAUUCUCUGUAUGCACUCUGGUUCUACGUACAAACCUCACUCACUCCAAUAUUUACUCUGCAUCAUGGCAACAAUCCACUAGAAGUAGGACUCUGUUUUCUGGCUGGCGGACUCGGGAUCAUUCUCGUGGGGUUCAUUGCACGCGCAUUGAUGGACAGAAACUACAAGCAGGUUGCUAAGGAAAUAGGAUUCUCCGUCGAUUGUGUUCGUGGAGAUGAUAUAUCGCAGUUUCCGAUCGAACACGCGCGCUCUCGAAGGCGGAUCACCAUAACUUUGGUAUCUAUGUGUGUGGUUGUCGGAUACGGAUGGGCCGGGUAUAUUGCUUGCAAAUGUACGAUUCUUCUCCAAACCUUUAGUGCUUUGAUUGUGGACAUAUUCCCUAAUGCCCCAGGAACUGCGGCCGAAUCAAACAAGAUUACUCGGUGCAUUUUAGCUGCAGGAGUGAUUGCUGCCCUUGAUCCGUUAGUCAGUGCUAUGGGGUACAGGUGGUUAUUUACUUUGCUUGAAGCGUUAGAUGCGGGAAGUUGUACGGUAGCAACAGGAUGUUGCAACCGGGAAUAUUUCCCCUGA